GACGAUCAGCCAUGAUCACAAUGAAUGGUGGUGCUGGCUCGAAGGGCCGAAUGCCCUCCUCCUGCACCUAUUUUCUAUGUUUCUAUUGUCAUGUACAAUUUAUUUGAAGCGCGCCAGCAUGAUUUCUUAUGGAUGUACAAUUUACUGGCACUGGUCAGUCUAUUUUCAUACGCCUAAUACCAGUUGACAAAAUGCUUUCAGCAACAAAAAUACAAGAAAAAUAAAACUCGGAUUAAACGAGCUGUAGAAUUGCGUGUGAAACAUUGGACCUAACAUUUUGCACCCAUGACCACCUCAUCCCGCAAUCAGAGAAAAACAAUUAUCUAUUAAUAAAAUAAGCUGACUUGGACAAGUUAUCUAAUCAGCAACAAAUCAGCCGCUGCAGAAUAAUAGAUCGCUGGCCACAGUUGAUGCAGUGUAGUCAGCGAACAGAACGAGUUUGAUCACGUUAAGUUUUGCCUGCAAUACUGCUGGGUGGUCGGUAAACAUUGCAGGAAUGCGCAAAUCGUGGCAUAAACGAUGGCAUGCGAUUACAGCAGAUAUCAAACUUUUAUGAACCCCAAGUCGCGUCCAACCAACUGCAUCGCACAUUAAGUAAACAGCAUUUUUUUCAAUUAAACAGAUGAUUUGUAAUUUGCAGAAUUAUGUCAACAUCCACCGAAAUGUCUAUUGAUUCUAUGCAAUCCAUCGAGAAGCGUUUUCCAGAGGAUUUGACGCAAUGUACGCCAAGCAUCUCCCGGUGAAACCUUCCAUUGCGAAUCCUCUGCGGCCACAUCCUCGACAGCAGGUGAAUUUGCGCAGGUGAAACUCACUCCAAAGCUUUUUUUCAGAUUCACGGAAUUAUACCCCAUUCCCCUUUGGAAAAUAGCGCUUUAAAAAACCCAUUCAUCUAUUUUGCGUUGUGCAUUCAAAUAUACCGCGUUAGUAACCAUGACUACGGUCUCUGUGUAAAAGACCUGCCUCCCGAUGCUUAAUGUUUAGAUUGACGGAAGAUGCAACGCCAAACGGCGGAAAAGAAAUUAUUUUUUAAUAUAUAAACGCAGACAAGUUUAAAAUGCUGCUCACGUGACACAUCAGCGUCUUAAACUAAGAUUAUGUCUUUCUCCCUCUCCCUGUGUGUGGUCUCCCGAGGAUGAUAUCUGCUGCUGACUUGUAGUGUGUGUGGGUGUGCGAACGCUGCCGACCGCCAGUGUCCCGGAGCUCCUCCUGAUGGCCGCACCGCAGCAGCGGCUCAAUGUGAAGAGGACAGGGAAGGGACUCAGCCUUCAUACUCAAACUGCUGCCGCUGAACGCCGGACGUUGAAACUCGCCACCAGCAAAAGAAAAGCUUCAUUUUAAAGUAUGAGUUGGCUUUCACAGGACUUUCUUCUCAAAGCCAUGAAGAUGGAUAGUGCAUGAAGAAUUCUUCUACAAUCGCUCAACUUAAACAAACCAAGAACAUUGACAUUUCUUGUUAAGUCAAGAAGCGACUAGCCAUGAAUUCGAAGAGCUCAAGUACUGGCUCUGCGGAGUCGGGUCUGUGCUGCGGUGGCCAGCAACUUUCUCCGGAUCCGCGCUUUCUCCGAAAGCACAGGUACCUGGCCAAGAGGAAGCUGAGACCGUCGCGAGUGGUGGGCUUUUGCAUCGGCUUAAUGGCUCUCAGCACGUUCUCCAUCUUACUCAGUGCCUUCACCUGGACAUCAACCAACUCAGCAAAACCACAAGGCCAACGCAGAACUCUACUGGGUUUCGAAGAAAAGCAGAUAUUUUCCAAGAGUCAAAAUUAUACGCCCAGAUCUGAACUUGCUCUGAGGUACGAAGGGCGGGCAGCCACCAUCCCUGACAAUAAUAACAGCAAUUCUGGAGAUUAUCCUCCGGAUAUUUUUUCACUGGAGGAACGAAGGAAAGGAGCUGUCGUACUCCACGUCUUAGGCAUGAUUUACAUGUUCAUAGCCUUAGCCAUUGUGUGCGAUGAGUUUUUUGUACCGUCAUUGACAGUUAUCAUUGAUAAACUGCAAAUAUCGGAUGAUGUGGCGGGGGCCACCUUUAUGGCAGCUGGCGGUUCAGCCCCAGAGCUCUUUACUUCUUUAAUAGGAGUUUUUAUAUCUCGCAGUAACGUUGGGAUUGGGACCAUAGUGGGUUCUGCAGUGUUCAACAUCCUGUUUGUAAUCGGGAUGUGCGCUGUAUUCUCCAAAGAAAUUCUGCACCUUACAUGGUGGCCACUGUUCAGAGAUGUGUCCUUUUAUAUUCUUGACCUGAUAUUGCUUAUAGCUUUCUUCCUGGAUAAUGUCAUCUAUUGGUGGGAAAGUGUAAUUUUGUUGUCAGGCUAUGGAUUCUACGUGACCUUCAUGAAGUUCAACAUUCAGAUCGAAAAAUGGGUGAAAAAGAAAAUAAACCGGAACAAAGUGGUGGAGGCAACGGCAACAGAUGGCGAUGACAAGCCCAAGCCACGUCUGCAGCGGGGAGGGAGCUCGGCUUCCCUGCACAACACCCUCAUGAGAAACAGCAUCUUUCAGCUAAUGAUCAACACUCUGGAUCCGCUGGCUGAAGAACUUGGAGCAUAUGGAAAACUAAAAUAUUAUGACUCAAUGACAGAAGAAGGUAAAUUUCGUCACAGAGCUUCAAUACUUCACAAACUGGCCAAAAACAAAUGUAAUGUAGAUGACGGUGAGAAAUCCAAUAGCACUCAUAAUCACACAGACAAAGUAGAGCUGCCAAAUACAGCAAACGUAGAAGUUGAAGUGACACCACCAAAGGAUCUUUCCCCACCAGUGCAGAACGGAAGCUUGCCCAAUGGAGCAGAGGUUGCAAUCGGCCAGGCUGAAGUUACCACACAGAAUGACUAUGAGGACCAGCCACUUACCUUGGCCUGGCCAGAUACAGCACGCAAACGGAUUAUCUAUCUAAUAAUACUGCCUAUUAUUUUCCUAUUGUGGAUUAGCUUGCCUGAUGUCAGGAAGAAGAGGAUGCAGAAAUAUUUUGUCUUUUCUUUCUUGGGAUCAAUCGGCUGGAUUGGUGGAUUUUCCUACUUGAUGGUAUGGUGGGCUCACCAGGUUGGGGAGACUAUUGGGAUCUCCGAAGAGAUUAUGGGAUUGACAAUCUUAGCAGCAGGCACUUCGAUUCCUGACCUAAUCACAAGUGUAAUCGUUGCACGGAAGGGACUUGGUGAUAUGGCAGUGUCCAGCUCAGUUGGAAGCAAUAUAUUUGACAUUACGGUUGGGUUGCCUCUGCCAUGGCUCCUGAAAGCUUUUUCCAACAACUUAAGCCCUAUCAUAGUCCGCAGUAAUGGCCUAUUCUGCGCUAUCGUCCUACUGUUCAUUAUGCUCAUCUUCGUCAUCCUUUCAAUUGGAGCCUGCAGAUGGAAAAUGAACAAAAUUCUCGGUUUAAUAAUGUUUAUACUAUACGUUGUGUUUCUGAUUGUCAGUGUUCUAUUGGAAGAGAAAGUCAUCCAGUGCCCUGUUACGGUGUGAGCUUUGCGAUUGUACGCUUUUUCUCACUUUGAGGUAAUGAUGGGAAAAUAAGAACUCAUCCUGCUUGCUGCAGCUCUGUUUUUUUUCCCAGAUUGACUCAGCCAGCACAUGCAAUUUAAUGGUGAAUGAGAAAGUAAUACUAAACAAUAACAACUGUUUUUUUUUUCUUGAUUGGUUGACUUUUUGAACUCAUUUCAAGCAAAUUAAUAAAGUUGAUGUUUGUGUCUUGGAGGGAUUUACACUUUCUGGGAUUUCACGGGAUUACUCCGAUAUCUGUUGAAAGACCACUGCCCAAGUUGGUUAAAGACCCCUUUAGAAGGUUCAUUUCAAUGGUCUUUUUUGUUGCUAGAUGAUACUUCAGUGGCAAACUUUUUCUGCCAGAUUUUCAGAUAUUGACAUAAUAUCACAUUAUAUUUCAAAAUGACUGGUGUGAAGUAAUUUAUUUUUAAAGAUAAAAUGGUGCAUUAAACUGAUUUUGAGGGCAUCUUCUUGGUUUGGGAAUGGGGUAAUAACAUUUAGCCAGUUAGCCAAAACUUGCCUGUUCUUCAGGUACCACAAAUCAGAUUAGUGCUGGAGUUGUAAUGUUUAGUACAGUUAUAUCUGUUAGUAUUAGAUUGUAUUUUUUUGCACAUCUAUUAAAUCAUUAUACAAUUUUAUGUUUUAAUUAUUAACAUAUUUUUUUUUUCUGCUUAGCACAGCAAUUUUAAUAAUCAGUACAAUUCAUGAAUAAAACAAUUAAGCUGCUAUAGAUUGAAAGUAUCAAAAACAGGUGUGAGUGGCAAGAUUAAGGUUACAGAGCUAUUAAACUUUUGCUAAGGUCAUAGCUAUUUAUCUAUUGUAUACAACAUUAUUGCUUCACUGCCUAGCACAGAACAAAAUCUGUCACUGACAUUCUGCCACAUUGUGGAAUCAACACCUUAGGUAUAGAGUAUUUCUGCACUUUACUUAGUCAAUUACAGACAAACAUUGGUGUAUGCUUUCUUUUCACACUUUUUUUCAAGACCAUAAUAUAUUUCCAAAGUAAACCUGAUCUGUAACAGGUUAAAAUAGUAUUUUGUUGAUUUCCAGUUGAUACUGUUAACUUUAUUCUUGAAUGUAACUUUUUUCAGAAGUCUACAUUCCUCUGUACUUUUGAUUAGAUUACAUAUACACCCUCAAAAUGCAAGUGCGGUAAUGAAUUGGGUUGCUAAUCCAUUCAAAAAGAAUUAAGAAUGUAUAACACUUUUGCACAAACCACACUAGUUUUCCUCUCACAAGAUAAGCUUUGUGCAGUAUUUACAGGGAAAUUCUAACACUGGCAUAAGGUGUGGCAUGCAAGUCCACAUUGUGCUCUCUUGACAUUACUUCUAAUAUAAGUCUUUACUCUCCAUGCUACUGUUACAAGCUUUAUGUUAUUUGGUCAAUACACCAGAUUCAGUGAAUUGGGAGAUAUUAUAAAAGUGUGUUUUUAAUUAAAUAAAUAUAUAAAUAUAAAUACAUACAUAUAUAUAUAUAUAAUAUGUAAACUAGGGCUUUAUAAUGUUAAUGUUCAGCUGAUAUUCAAAUAGCUAGGAUUCAAUGGGUUCAUUUACAGCUGUCAAUAAAAAUUAAAACAGCAAUAACCUCACCUUGAAGUCCAUUUUGGGCUGAUGAUGGCCAUAAUGUAUGUAAUGAAAUGACUUAGGAUUAUUGUCAAUCUCGGGACAACAUGUGCAAUGUGAUGUUUAUGUGAUGUUCUUGCAAGCAUUAUGUGUUUGAAGUGCAAAAGAAGCUGUGUGUACUUAUCAAAAACAUUUAUCAAGUCAAUGAUUGGUUUUACAUGAUGAACGUAGGGAUCUGAAACAUAAGAGACAAAACAAAUAUGCACUCACCUUUCCAUUGAUUAUAUUUUUCAAUCUCUAACUUUAACUCUUAAUACAAUAGGUUCUGAUACAUAUUUCAAAUUACAAUGACGCAUGCUCUCUUUUGUCCUGUCCUUGGUAUUAACUGUCAGCAAUAUGAUAAAAUUAGGAUUCAGCUAUGGCACUAUUUGUCAAUAUCUUUGCUAUUAAAAAUUAUUUAAAAAAAAACAUAUUCACAAGGUAAUUUCACUAAAAUCUAUUGUUGAGUAAAGUGCUUCAAUAUUUUCACCUCAAAAUGCAAAAUGGGAUCAAAUUAAUCAAUCUAAUUUGAUAGAAUAAUGGUCUUAAAAUUAUCUGCUGUGGUUAGGAGCAUGUAUUUUGAACAUGAAUACCAGUUCUACAACUUUUGUCUUUAUUUUUUUACGUACUUGUCCUUCCACUAUGUUCUAAUUAACUUUGCAGAGUUCAUCUUUGGGUGUAAUAAUGCAUACAAAAUAUUGUGGUGCCCUCCCUAAAUGUUCUUAUCGUAAAGACAUCUCCACAUCACACCAGUGAUUACAAUCCCAUGCUGUUAAAUCUAGAUUACACUUUCUAGUAGCUCCUCUUUAGUUGCACUGUAGUGGAAAGAUCUUUUAAGUUUGUGCUGUAAGAAAGCAAGGGCAGCAAUUUCUUCAGACUUGUUGGGGGUCAUAGGGUAUGCAUUUCAACCAAGCUCAAUUAGAUUUGAAUCUCAGUCCUGUAAAGGCAGCUAAUCUACUUUUAAAACAAGAAAGAAUGUUAUUCACUUGUCCAAUAAGCAAUGGUAAAUUCCAAGGUCUGAAGAGUGGAAAUGGGCAGAAGACAAUCUUAAUCUGCCCCCAGACAAGAAAUUACAAUAUUUAAAUGUUUAUAUCAGAAACAUUUAGCAUCAAUAAAAUAAAAAUCCUAGUUAGAACUGAUCUGGCUUUUCACAAUCAUCAGUAAAUGGGGAACGGCUCUCUUUAUUUGCAUAUUCAGGAAUAACGUGUGUGAUAGGCGGGUGCCGUGGAUGCUUAAAAACAAAGUUCUGUCUAAAUGUACCUCAAAUUGAGCCCCCGCUGUAGCACUGUGACAAAUGUAAUACCUCUUAAAAUUGGUGCAUUGCAGGCUAACUUCUUCCUUAAGAUAAUGCAUGGGAGCUGCUAUCACUUAAUCGCUUGAGCCUUUCAUUACGUAGAGUUUUAACGUGAUUAAAUUUUUAAAGGAUUUUAAAUUAUUCAAAAGAUUAAUGAUUAUCUUAAUAAUAGCUAAAGGAAGUUUGGAUCAAAUUAUAUGGUGCAUGCAUAAUUUUUUUCUAAUAUAUCUCUUCCUCACUGAACAUCACCAACGCUAUCCCACCUCCACAUUUAAAGCCUCCAAUCCAGUCAUUAUUUAUUUCAGUCUCCGUGGAAAUCUGUGACCAUAGGAAUAGGCAGAGAUGUUGAUGUAACUACCAUUUAAAUGCAGUAUGAAACUAGUUAAUAUGAGACUGGAGAAAUGGCUCAACCACUGUUCUAUGCACCAGGCUACUGUCUAAUAAGCCCAAGAUUGGAAACUCAUCAGUAUAAGGAUCAUGGGAGCAAAUUUGCUUCUGACUAUAUAGUUCAACUGCACGGUCCAUUCUUAAAAUUAGUAAUUACUUCAGAAACUUGUAGGCACAAAAAUCAGUUACUGAAAGUCACAAUACAUGAAUAAGAAACAAUGUACUCCUGGUCAAACUUAAAUUAGGUUAAUAUUUUAAUACCUCUACAGUUGAGGACAAUCUCCAAUAAUAUUAUUGCAACUGUUGUUUGCAGAAGCCCUCAUUCGUUAAAAACAAGAUGCACUCAGUCUGAGUUAAUGGAUAAUGGUCAGCAUAAUCGUGAAGUCCAAAAUAUUUUUAAUCGCUAUGAUUGUGCAGCUUAAUAAAUGUUAGAAUAACUUAUUGCAACAUUGUGAUAAUGUCCUCCUUUACAUCAGCAAAUGACAUAAACUGCUAUGUUAAAGAUGAGUUUGGCCUUGGUUCAGUGAAUUACCGAUUCUUAUAAAAAUUGCAUUUCUUGGGUCGACAAUACUCAAUUAUUUGUUUUAUUGACAGCAGUAAAUUAACAGAACAGGAAUAAACAUAGCAAUGACAUAAUUACUUCAAAUCACUAAUUACUUACACCAACCCACAGUGAGUUUGGACAGAGCAGUAAUUAUUAUAUAAGCUACUUGUUAAUGAUUCCGGAUAAAUCAACCUCUCCCACUGACCACUCACUUGUAUUUCUGAAUGUACUGCAUGAAAAUUAAAUGGUGACUUUUAACUAAACCAUUUCUGCACAGAAUGAUGUUUCUAAGCAAAGAAUAUGCGAUGCAAAUUUAAUCUAACAAACGGUUAAAUAUAUAAUGUCUGGAUUUAUUAUACGUUCCAGGGCAUCAGUGGGUACUGUCUGAGUUGUAGAAGAUCAGUUCUAAAUUCAGUAGGUAGACAUACCUCAGAUCUUGCCAUGCUUCAAUAGAAUAACCAUUAGAAUUUGCAUUAUGCGUGGCUGCUAGGUAUAAGACAGGUAAGCAACAGGCCCUCGGAACAGUCAUCACCACUUUAAAUCUGUUUUGAAAUAUAAUAAAUGGAUAGAGAUUUGAAAAUGCUGUGAUCCAAUGUCUGGUGGAAGACCUUACAAAUGUGUUUUAAAGCUAACUAAUACUUAUAGAGGCACAUAAAUAACCUUUAUUAAGCACUGUAGAGCACUUAUGUAAAAAGAUAUGUUGGGCUGAAAUGUGCAUGUCUUUUUAAUGAUGCAUACAUCAGUUUGGGGAAUUAACACAUUAUAAUGUUUCAUUGGGAAAACUCAUCAGUGCUGUAAAUCAUUGAAAAAUGUUUCAAUUUUGCUUCUCCUAUAUCUGAAGCAAAGCAAUAUUUGACUGCAAUAUUUUAAUGGUAACUGUCUGUUCUCAAAUAGUCAAUACAUCAGUGAGUAUCUGCCAAUAUGCCUGGAGAUUAUUGCUAAUCUAGGCUUCAGAUUUUAUUUUUCUGUUUAAAUCUAGUCAUAUAGAAGGAAGAUUUCUCCCUUAACAAUGAUAAAGAACAAUCUGCGGUUGCUGAAAUAAAAUAUGCAGCAUCUGGAAAGACAGAUCCAUGUUACAAGUGGAUGAUCUCCAUCUAUAUUAAUACAGGGCCUCCAAUCUAAACAUUCAUUUGUCUUUUUCUCAAUAGCUGAUUGUGUUGUGUUUGUGCUUUUUUGUCACGUGUAUAUUUACCUCAAUGGGAAGUUUUACAAACAGGCCAGAGUUCCUAGCAAUGCCAAAAACAACAUAGUAUAAAACCUCCUUUUUACACUUGUUAUCUACCUGGUUUUAUUUAACCAUAGGAAAGUUUGCAUCUGCUACAACCCAAUUUAAGCAUUUACUUUUUUUUUUAAAUGUACACAAAUAUUUCAGCAAUAUGUGCACUCCCUCUGUUUACUUGCCUGACAAAUUGUCUUGCAAUGUAUUUUCUCAAAAAAUCAUAAUCCCUUUAGUUCUGUCUUGGCAUACUGUAAUCUUCCCUAAUAUUAAUUAUGAAAGCUCUGCACGUUGGCUUUGCAGUAACCAAUGCAACUUGAUUUAAUAUUCAAAGAUACUAAAAAUGGGAUGUGACAUGCAUAAUUUCAAAAUUCUGACAAAACCAUAGGCUAGAAAUCAAAUGUACUGUAAUGUGUAUUGAUGUAAUCCUCAUUACCAAGCUCAUUAACAGUAGUGCACAACUGUAUAUAGUAACAAAAAUAUUUGUACAUAAUCUAUUUAAAGUAUACAUUAAUGGCUUUCUGAUGAGAAAUUUGUUCUUGCACUAUUGUUAUCGUUCUCGCUGUGUCCGUAAGGUUUCUCCACCUAAAGACAAUCUGUUUCAAUUGUGUCUCUUUCUGUAAGAUAUAAUAAGUGUGGAAAUAAAAAUAUCAAAUUAACAAAUUAA